GGCUGAAAAGGUUGGGAGAGAUGCGGGGAAGGGGAGGGGGGGAGGGUGCGGAGGGAGGAGAACGGAGGAUUGGGGGAGGAUCAGAGGGAAACGGAAACCUGGAGUCUGAGCUGGGUGAACAGCGAAGCGGAUAGAGCCUGCUGCCGACCUCUGAGGGAUGAUGUAAAAAUUUGCCAUCCGAUUCUUACCCCCCCCUCCUUUUUUUUUUUUUUUUUUUUUUUUUUUGCAACCUAUUCUUUCGUGAUUAAUCACCAACCAUCCAAGCUAUUCUCUGCUAACAAGGAAGAUCAUGAUUGAAUGAAUCCUUCUUUCCACAAUAGGUGAAUCACAAAAGAGAAAUGGUGACAAUGGCCAAGUUAACAGAGUCCAUGACUAAUGUCCUGGAGGGAGAUUCAAUGGAACAGGAUGUAGAAAGUCCAGUAACCAUUCACCAGCCAAAAUUGCCUAAGCAAGCCAGAGAUGAUCUGCCAAAACACAUCAGCAGAGACCGAGCUAAAAGAAAAAUCCAGAGGUACGUGAGGAAAGAUGGAAAGUGCAAUGUUCACCACGGCAAUGUGAGGGAGACCUACCGUUACCUGACUGAUAUCUUCACAACCUUAGUUGAUCUGAAAUGGAGGUUCAACCUGUUGAUCUUUGUUAUGGUUUACACAGUGACAUGGCUCUUCUUCGGCAUGAUCUGGUGGCUUAUAGCUUAUAUCCGAGGAGAUAUGGACCAUAUAGAGGACCCCACAUGGACUCCAUGUGUCACUAACCUCAAUGGGUUUGUCUCAGCUUUUUUAUUCUCAAUAGAGACAGAAACUACCAUUGGUUAUGGCUACCGAGUCAUCACAGACAAGUGUCCUGAAGGAAUUAUCCUCCUUUUAGUGCAGUCUGUGUUGGGGUCUAUAGUCAAUGCAUUCAUGGUAGGCUGCAUGUUUGUAAAAAUAUCGCAGCCUAAGAAGAGGGCAGAGACCCUGGUUUUUUCUACUCAUGCAGUAAUCUCCAUGCGGGAUGGGAAGCUUUGCCUGAUGUUCCGGGUGGGGGACCUUAGGAAUUCCCACAUCGUUGAGGCUUCAAUUAGAGCCAAGUUGAUCAAAUCUAAACAGACCACAGAAGGAGAGUUCAUACCACUGAACCAGACAGAUAUCAAUGUGGGUUAUUACACAGGGGAUGAUCGGCUGUUUCUCGUGUCACCGUUGAUCAUUAGCCAUGAAAUUAAUCAACAGAGUCCUUUUUGGGAGAUCUCCAAAGCUCAGCUGCCCAAAGAGGAACUAGAAAUUGUUGUGAUCCUAGAAGGAAUGGUGGAGGCAACAGGAAUGACAUGUCAAGCCCGCAGUUCUUAUGUGACCAGUGAGAUCCUAUGGGGUUAUCGUUUUACUCCUGUUCUGACACUGGAGGAUGGUUUCUAUGAAGUAGAUUACAACAGCUUUCAUGAAACAUAUGAGACCAGCACACCAUCUCUCAGUGCCAAAGAGCUGGCAGAAUUAUCCAACAGGGCUGAACUGCCUCUGAGUUGGUCUGUGUCCAGCAAACUCAACCAUCAUGCUGAACUGGAAACUGAAGAGGAAAAAAACCAUGAAGACCAAACAGAGAGAAAUGGUGAUGUGACAAAACUAGAGAAUGAAUCCAAAGUUUAAAAUCUUGGGUGGAGCAUCCCCUUGUCCUCAUACAACCUUUGUUUAUUUCUUUCUUUUUCCCUCAUUUUAAUGUGUUUAAAAAAAAAAAAAAAGAAGAAAUCUUCAAGGUGUGAAAUAUCUGCCUGCCCAUUCUCAAACACAGAGCUUCACAAAGCAGUUAAAGACCUAGUGGCAGUGACCUCUGUUAGUGGUCUCCUCUCAGACUGUCAUACUUUCAAACUCUUGUAGAUUUUAGCUGGAGAUGUGCAUGAGAUCUGUGAUACCAGGUUGCUUAAAAAAGAGGGUCAUAUUUAAUACCUGGAACAUGAAAAGCCAUCUCUAGUGCCUAAUCAUUCCUGUAGUGAAUAGAAAGUAGCUCUAAAUUGUACAUAUUUCAGCAAAUUUCACAGAUAGGGUGAUGUGCUUGCCAAAAGUGGGCAUUGCCUUUCUAAAGCCGUUAUGUUAAAAGACCUACAGUUUAACAAGACACUGUACAUAUGCCUUAUGUAAUUUUUUUUCUCUUCACACUUAGUGAUAAAACCCAGCAUGUACACAGGUACUGUAGUGAAGACCUUCUAAAUAAUGUACAUAGUUGUGCAACUUAUGUAGAUUUAGACACCUAACUUUAGAAAUAACUUAAAAAAAAAACUACCAAACAUUGUAUAGUAGGAAUUUCUGUUUUAAUAUUUUUAUUUCUCAAAUUAUUUUAGUCCCCCUUAAUUAUCUGGCCUUUUGGUGCAUGGCCCUCUCUUCAGUGUUCCACACUGGCAGCUAUUUAAAUCACCUCAAUGUUUCUUUACUGAUCCUUUCUAAAAAGCCAUAGAUCUGGGGUUAGCUGGAAUUAGGAGGUGAAGAAAGCACCACAAAUUUACAGAAUAUUGUAAAAUAUUUACUAAAUUAAUCUUUCUUCUUAGGAAAAGCUGUCAUUCUAAAAUAGUCUUCAUCUACCAACUCAUCUACCAACCUGGUUUGUGGUAGCUUCUUGAGAACAAGGCUAUUUCCCACAUAACUAUCAAAACAUCUUAUCAGCCUUUUCCUUUUUUUUCAAAGCUUUUUUGUGUCCAAAUGGUCCCAGAAUAAUCAUUUGAAAAUUUUGAAAAUUGAUAUGGUAGCGGUGGGCAUAUUAGACCUAAAGUUAUAGGAUUUCAUGAAAAGAUUCAAUGAAUGAUAUUUAUUAAGGUCUUAGUCAUUUUAUUGAUUUUUGAAUGUUUAAAAAAACUCUAUCUUUACUUCACACACACUCCUUCACCUUCCAGAUGUUUUUCUAUCACUGGUCACAUAGAACCAAUAUAAAAGAAUAUGACAGUCACAAAGGAUUUGUAUCUGGACUUUUUUCCCUUGAAAGAAUUACAAAUCAAGAAUUAGAUUAUUAAUCUGCAUUACCUUUGAGAAAAAUAUUUCUGGAAUUGGGUAGAAGGUUACAAAUCUGACCCCAAAGUUCCCCUCAAUCAAAACAAAAGAACUACAGCCUUAAUUUUUAAAAUUGCAUGUAUAUAUCUUAUCUGCCUAGUCUGAAAAAGAAGGAUUCACUUUUUUUUAAAGUAUUUUUUGUACAGAAUAUUUGAACUAUAAAGUGACAAUUACAGACACACACAAAAAGAAAAAAAACUCAGGAGAAACUUAGUGGGCAGGUGGAAAUUUUGCACUGUGACAGAUCUUUCACAUUAAUUUCACAUCUAUAAACUAUCUGUCCCUAAACACAGUGGCCCAUCAUACUUAUUCAUUCGGUGGAUGUGUUUAUUUUCCGCUUUUACAGCUGCACUGUUUGAGAUUCUACAUCAUCUAGAUCAAAAGAGAUCAAAACUGUUUCUGUUUCCUCUCCCCUCCCCAAUGGAGAUACACAUUCCUUUGCUAUAUUGGGGUGGGGGUGGAGGUUUUGUCUAUCAUAAAAGACUUCACAGAGAAGCAGGUGUGGUUCCCCCAAAGUAAAUGACAAUUCUGGAGGAAGACUAGGGUCUGUCUUCACCUACUCUGGUGGGUCUGCUCCAAGAUAACUUUUUUUCUUGCCCUUUACUUUAGUGAAACAAAACUGUAUUUGCUGUUGGCUGUUUCCCUUUGCUGGGAAUGGCAAUGCACUGAGUAUCUAUUGAAUACUCUCUUCAUACUUCACACUGUAAAUGUAAGGCUGUUCUCCAGGCAAAGAGUGAGCAUUUCAUGUGCUAAAGCAACUGUGUGCUUCUCAGAAAGAAAACCACCAUCGCCAAUUCAUAGUGGAGAAUGAUAAUCAAUGAUCGCCUUAUAAGCAGAGUGCCUCAUGGUGAGGGAAAUAACCAACAGUGCCCAGAAGGAUCAAUAUUUCUGGAGCUUUGGGUUUUAGGGCAAAGUAAAAGAAGCUGUGAUCAAAAGUUCAUCCCUCCUCUAACUUUUAAUUCUCAAACAUCUUCCUAGUUAGCUGAGUUGAAAGAGCAGCUCAGGGUCCUACUGAACUUUUACAUGCCCUUUAGCACAAAUAAAAAGAAAAAAAACUUUAUACCAUUGAGGGCAUGUGCAUGUGUAACUUCUAUUUUUGUGACUGUGGUACUUAAAACUUAAUGUCUCUCCCUCUCAGUGUCUUUGGUAUCAAUGUAGUAUGAGACAGAAAGUUUACCAAAUCUCUUUUUUUUUGUAACAUGAGCUUUCUAGGCUUUAAAAGGGGAAGCUUCACAGAAACUUUGUACUAGAAUGUCCCUAUCAAACAGCCUCUAUUUUUCUACAAUUAUUAAGCAGUUUAACAAUGUAUUUUGUGUCAAUACUUCAACUUCAGUAUCAAAAUUUCAAAACUAAAUGUUAUUAAGACUGAAUUUUCCAAGUGGCAAGUAUUGAAUGGUAUUUUUCAUUACUAUUUAUGCUACAAUUGCUAUCCAUUCUAUUCUUUAUCCAAUAUUUUAAAAAAUAUAUACUUGAUUUAAUGUAACUGCACUAUAAACAAGAGUUUCUCCCAAAUUAAUAUUUUGAUUUGUUGAUUCAUUUAGGUAAGUUUUUUAAGAAUUUAUGGAGAUGUAGGAGACUAGGCUAAAAUACCAGAGAGUGUCUGCUCACAUUCUGACAGAACAUAGUUCUGAAUGAAUGUCUCCUUACUGGGGCAAGGGGUUUUGGAAUAGAUUUCGUUCAAGAUACCGACUAAAAUCUUCGUAUUCUCAUACCCACCACAAUAUGCUUCACAACUUGAAGCAAAAUAUGUUCAUUUUUGACUUUAUGUAACUAAUAAAAUUGUUUUCUGUUGUCCUCUGAGAGAA